GCACUACUUCUGCUCCUGGCUUUGCUUUGAACCUUAAGCCAUUAACUACAGCUGGUGCCAUUGGAGCUGUGACUUCUACCGCUGCCCUCACCACAACAGCCCCCAGUGGGCCUCCAGUGAUGACUUAUGCCCAGCUGGAGAGUUUGAUAAACAAGUGGAGUCUAGAACUGGAAGACCAGGAGAAACACUUUCUCCAUCAAGCUACACAAGUUAAUGCCUGGGAUCGGAUGCUGAUAGAGAAUGGAGAGAAG